AUGAUAUCAAAUAAUGAAUCUUCACUUUUUUCAUUAUUACAACGUAAAUCAAUUAUUGAUCCACAAACAAUACUUAAAACUUGUCAUAAAAACUGUAUGUAUAAAACUAAAAAUGAAUCAAUAGAAAAAUUAUCGACUGAAGUUUCAACUCAAUGUCAAAAUUCAACAAAUACUUGUACAGAUGAACAAACACAAAUAUCACAAAUAAAUGAAUCUAAAGAUACUCAAACUUGUUAUAUUUAUUCACCUAUACUUAAUAAAAAUCAUCGACAAAUAUCAACAACAAAUAAAUAUGUAUUUAUUAAUCCAUAUGCAAUUAUUGAUCGACUUAAUCAAGGUGAACAAUUUCUUAAAUUUCUUUAUAAACAAAAUUUAAAACUUGAUUCAAUCUAUUCAAAUUUUCUUAAUAAUCUUCUAAAAUAUACCGAUAAUUUUCUUCUUUCUCUUCAAAAAAAACACUGUCUAUAUGGAAUUUAUCGACAAGAUAUGAUCCGGUAGAAAAUUGAAUAGAAUUUUUUGUAUUUUACUAAUAUUUUCAUUUAGAUAUAUGAUUCUAUU